UUGCGAACUGUCAAGUGCGGCAGACGUAAAUAAACGUGAUUUCGUCGUAGCAACAUGCGGUCAGCUUGAAGCGAACUAAAAGAAAUAUUUCCCUUUUCAGUGUAAAAACCUUUUAAUUGCUCGCAACUAAACCACAUUACAAUGCCGGUGGAAAUGGAGGACAAGUUUUCCGAAGACGAAGCACGGAACGAUAGCGAGCAGGAGGAGGACAUCGAUCCCAAAGCACAUGCGAAGCUGAUCGACGGUAUCAACAACCUUACCGGUUCGCACUUUAUCCGUGAGGUGACCCGCACGGAACCCUCCCUGAAGCGGACCGAGUUUGGAUUGACGAAAUCGAAAGAGGAAAAAGUGCGGUUGGGUGAUUUGGUGAAGUUGUUUACCAAAUCGAAAAAGCACACGGAUGUGGUGAAACAGCUCGAUAAGCUAAAGAAGCGGCACCCUUUGGCACAACCGCUAGAAAAGCCGGUCGCCGAUAGAAUAGCGCGGAAGGCGGGAUUUGAGCGUGUGCAGAAAGAUCUGGACCGGUGGCAGGCGGUCGUUACGGCCACGAAAGUAGCACCGCAGACGGUGUACCCGCUGCUGUACGGUGGGACGACCGUGCACGACGCACCACCGAAGAAGCUGUCCGAGUAUCGGGUGAAGACGAAGCUGAUGGAAGAGUUGGAAGGGCUGGAGAAAGAGUACGCUGGGCCGGAAGGCGAUGAUGAGGGGGAAGGUUCGGAUGACGAUGCCCCGAACUACGAGCUGACGCUGGAGGAGAUGCGUGAGAAGCAGCGCGAACGUGCCCGGCAGAAGAUGCGUGAAUCGUACGAGAUAGCGAAGGGCCGUCGGUUGAACAAGAUCAAGAGCAAAAAGUAUCACCGGCUGCUUAAGAAGGACAAGCUGAAGGAACAGAUGAAAAAGUUCGAAGAGCUAAAGGAGAAAAAUCCCGAGGAAGCCCUUCGACAGCUCGACCAUAUCGAGAAGCAGCGCUUUCAGGAGCGUGUGUCGUUGCGGCACAAGAAUACGGGCACGUGGGCGAAGAAUCUACAGGUGCGUGCAAAGUACGAUAUGGAGGUGAGGCGCGAGCUGGCGGAACAGCUUGCCAUCGGACGAGAAUUGACGGCAAAGCGCAUGCAGCAGGGAGACAGCAGUUCCGAGUCGGAUGGUGAGACGGAGCCGAGGAGGGGUGGCAAAAGCGGAGCGAACCCGUGGACGGAGAGUGUCGGCGAUCAUGAACAGCAUGCCAACAAUGAAGCGAAUCUUAGCGGUGGAUAUCGCAAGUAUUGGGAAGAACGUAAUCAGAUCGAGCAGAUCAAAAAGCAGUUGAAUGGUGAAGCAAUGAAUGGAAAAACCACCGAAGAAGGGUAUAAUGAAGAUGGAACAUGCUUAAAGAUUAAAGAGGAAAAACUUGAGGACGAUGAAACUGAGCCUGUACUAAAACCCAAACAGAAAGGUGAGAAAAAAUGCACCAAAAAAAGCAAGAGAAAAGUUGUAAUGGCAUCGGGUAGCUGGGAGGUAGAAGACGUCGAUGAAGUGCAGCCGAAAACGAGCAAAAAAGCUGCGUCGAAAAAGAAAGCUAAAAACAAGCGGGAAGAUAACGUGGCCAGCGUGGAGAAAAUGUUCCAAGAAGCUGAGGAACUGAUCGAGGAUGUGCUGACCAGCAAGUUGGAACGCGUGCGGCGUAACAUGCAGGAGGAUGAGGAGAAGAGGAAAGGGGAGACGGCAACAGAUUCACAAAAUUUAGAAGCAAAGAAAGGCAACUCGACCGACUUGAGCUUCAAGCAAAAGGCUAGCCUGGCUGAUGCAGAUGAGGAGAUGGUUGAAACGGUAGAGAAGGGAGCAUCGGACCAAUCGACCCCGGCACUGGCCACACUGAACGCUGCACAGCUUUCGAAUGGUACGUCCACCACCGAUCCAACGGUAAAAGCGUCAGCCGAAAUCAAUCUAAAGCAGGUGGUGCAAAUGAAACCGAAGCAUCUACUAACAGCCCUUCCCAACACGAUCGUGUCGGGCGAACUGUCGGAGGAUGAGGACGUGAAAGACGCGCACCGACUCACGAUUGCCGAAGCGUUCGAGGAUGACGACAUUGUGGCGGACUUUGCCAAGGAAAAGCAGGACGAACGGCAAAAAGAUAUACCGCAGGAGAUCGAGCUCUCCCUACCGGGGUGGGGCCAUUGGGCUGGGGCAGGCAUUAAACCGCGCAAGGACGCCCGGAAGCUGUUUAAACCACCGCCAGCGCUACCGCGGCGCGACGAUAACCGCGACCAGGUGAUCAUCAACGAGGAUGGGCUGAAGAACGAGAAGCUAGGCAAACAUCUGGUCAACGAGGUACCGUUCCCGUUCCUUACGGUGAAGGAUUACGAGGCAUCGCUGAGGGCACCGAUAGGCCGGACGUUCAUACCGGAAACGGCACACGCAACGAUGGUUCAGCCGCGCGUCAUCACCAAGCUGGGUGCCGUGAUAGAACCGAUGAAGAAAGACAUGUUGGUCGAAAAUCGGUCUAGGUUGAUGAGGGUUGGAAAGCGGCAGCAGAACGAAGCGAACGACGCGUACAACGCGUACGUGGAAAAGAAUCACAGGCGAGCUUUUGGACGGUAAAGUGCCAUGGGUGGUGUGCGGAGGUUCGGGGGCGAUUAAUUGAGCCAAUAAAUUGAUAACCAUUAAAUGCUGUAAGGGAAAAGUGA